GGAAAUUCCGAUAUCAAUAUCUUGAAUAUCGUUGCACAACCAAAACGCGUAGAGCCUUUUUUGGAUUAUUAAUCGAGAAAAAGACAGACCCCGCGAAAUCAAAUCUCCAUGACUUCAAAGUCUUGCUUUAUUAUUAUUUCUGGAACUUUUCUUGUCCUCACGAAUUUUGGAAGAAACAGAAACGAAAACAAAGAGCACAUUUCAAAGUCCAAAAGUUCCAAGUUCUUGCUGUUCUCUUAAAAGAGGUGGGUGCAAUAAAAUCCGGCCCAGAGAUUCUUGAGGACACAAGUAUCUAACAGAUAAAAGCAAGCCCGAAAGCUGGAUGGGAAGCUGGCAUGAUCUCGCAUUUCCAUUACACUGUUUCCAUUUCUCGCCUAUGUGGGGUAAAACCAAUUACAGCAGCGUCCCAUGAUGAUUUCCUUGGCAUUCCUACAAAUCAAUGAAAAGAUUAUGGUCCUCUGUCAUAUCAGUAGAGGUUUUGUUUCGACGAUGCAAUGAGUCUGUUGGAGCUCGCACCAAUUGGUGGUGUUUUGACAAUUUUAACAACUCAGGUCAUACGAACAAUAGAGGCUGCUAGAGAUGUUAUUGUAGAGAAGGACAGUUUCAAGGCUCUAUCGAAAUAUCUCUCCGACAUUGAACCUAUUUUGAAUGAGUUGCAUCUCCACGGCUUAAAUGAUUCUGAAGCUACUAGACAAGCUUUAGAUUGUCUUUUAAGAGAUGUGAAGAAGGCUUAUGACUUGGUGGAGAAGUACAAAAACAAAUCGCGGUUCUACUUACUGAUCAAAUGCAGACACAUAGUCGGAGAAGUACAAGCUGUGACAAGGGAAAUUGGAAGAUCUUUAUCUCUGUUACCUUUUUCGAAUACUGAAGUUUUAGUGGAUAUAUCAGCAAAGGUUAAUACGUUGCAGAAGGAGAUGCAAAGGGCAGAGUUCGAGGCUUCUCAAGCUCAGAUUCAGAUUGUUGAGAAGUUGAAUCAAGGUUUUUCGGCAGAGAAGGUUGAUCAAAGUUUUGCUAAUGACAUGCUCAAGGAAAUAGCGAGGGUUGUGGGUGUUCCAGUCGAGCCAACAGUAAUAAGCAAAGAACUUGCCAGUUUCAAAAGAGAAAAAGAAGACGCGGCAGUUCGCAAGGAAAAGUUGGAAGAGUAUUUUCUAAAACAGGUUAUUGAGUUGCUUUCACGGGCAGACGCUGCUAAAGAUCAAGAGGAAAUCAAGAAGCAGUAUUUAAAGAGGUUCCAGAUUAUACAGACAAGAGAAGGAUAUAUUGACCCAUUGAAUUCUUUUAUUUGUCCAAUUGAUAGGUCAACUGUUAUGGUUGAUCCAGUUAGUCUAUCCACGGGCACAACAUGUGAGAGAGCAGCGAUUGAAGCUUGGUUUGAUUCAGGAAAGAAAACUGAUCCAAAGACGGGUCACUUGCUUGAUGAUUUCUCUGUUAGAUCUAAUCAUCGACUCAGGGAGGCAAUUGAAGAGUGGCGCGAACUGAACUACUGUCUUCAGAUCAGAGUUGUGAAGAGAAAGUUGAUAUCAGCGACGGACUCUGCUGUGGAAGAGGCUCUCAACAAGAUGGUGGAGCUGUUUACAGAGAACCCAAUUAACAAAGACUGGAUUGCUAUUGAAGGUCUUAUUAGCAUUUCCUUGUCGGUUCUUGAAAAUUCACUGAACAAAGAUAUCAAGAGAAAGAUCUUAAUCACGUUGCAGGCUGCUAUUGCAGGUAAUGCCCAUAACAAGGAAAUAGUGGUAGAGUCUCGAGGAAUUGAUCUGAUAAUUUCUUGCUUAGAAUGUUCACAUAUUGCAAAAGCUGCGGUCGAUCUAUUAUUUGAGCUGUUGCAAGGUCAUUCUGGUUGGAAUCUGUUCACUCUCAGAAAACUCUCAGAGCAAAGCAAUGCUAUUAAUUUCCUUGUGGUGUUAUUAGAAACAGAGUCAGCAGAAAAAGCUGAAGGAAUCCUGUUGGAGCUAUGCGAUGAUGAUGAUGAUAUUGUUAUUCGUGUUGCGAAAGCUCAUUGGUAUAAACCACUAGUUAAUCGCAUCAUUCAAGGACAAGAAACUGCAAGGACAUCAAUGGUAAGAGUGCUAGUUGCAAUGGAAUUAGAAGAUCGGGAUCUGAAAAAUCUUGGUGAGGAAGGAGUAAUACCCCCACUGCUCAAAAUGGUAUCGGCAAAGUUUGAAGCUAAAGGAUUAGCCUUAUGUGCUCUUGUUAAGUUGUCAAGUUGCCAUGAGAACAAGAAGCUAAUUGCAAAUUCUGGAGGGGUUCCUAUUAUUACCGAACAAUUAUUCUCUUCUCAUAUACCCACUCUCAUCAUUGUGAGGUGUACUGAAAUCCUUGAAAAGCUAUCUUCCAAUGAUGACGGCACCAAAUUUCUUGUCAAAUCUGAUGGUUCCUCUGUUGAUUUAGAGAAGAUAGCAACUAACUUGUUGGUGGUUCAACAGUAUACAAACUCAUCUCAUGUCAUCAAGAAACCUGCUUUACGUGCACUGCUGAAUAUAUUUAAGUCCAGUCGGAAGCUUGUAGAGAAGGCAAUUAUAAGGGCAGAUGGUUUAUCACAAAUACAAAUCCUUCCUUUGCUUGAUGAUCCAGACAGGGAAAUACGGGAACUUUCGAUCAGCCUACUCUUCCACUUCUCACAGCAUGAGCCUCAAGGAAUUGCAGAGUUUUUUCUCGUACAAAGGAGGAGGUUGGAAGCUUUAGUCGGAUUUCUGAAGGACGAAAGUAGAGGUGAUACACAAAUGGCUGCUAUUGGUUUAUUGGCAAAUCUUCCAAAAUCAGAAGUAGAACUAACCAAGAAACUUAUAGAAGCAGAUUUGUUACCAUCAAUUCUGAAAAUCUUGAGGUCAGGCACCACCGAUGCGAAGGAGAAUGCACUUGGUGCACUUUUUAGAUUCACGGAUCCCUCAAAUCUCGAAGUACAGCGGAAGGUGGUUGAUUUGGGAGCUUAUUCUUUACUUGUCGACUUCCUUAAAUCUGGUACAGUAACAGCCAAAGCACGAGCAGCGGCUUUGAUUGGAAGUUUGUCUGUAAGCACUCCUAAACUUGCAGUGUUACCUAAAUCUAAAUCUAAGAGAAACAAUUGGAAUUGGUGUUUCCAUAGUGGGCCGAUGACGAUUUGUAAGGCUCAUGGGGGGAUUUGUGGCGUUUCUAGUACAUUUUGUCUUUUGGAGGCAAAUGCCUUGCAUGAUUUGGUUGGACUUUUAGAAGAACAGGUUUAUGCAACUUCUUAUGAAGCGAUUCAAGCAUUGUCAACGUUGGUUGUUGAAGGCACUUCUCACAAAGGAGCCAAUGUUUUGGAUGAAGCUGGUGCUAUCCCGCUGGUAAUAGAAGUUUUGAAUUGGGGAGCAUCCUCCUUGAAGGAAGAAGCUUUGGACUUGCUGGCAAAGAUAUUUACAAGUAGGGAUUUGGUAGAAGCUUACGGACCUCGUGCUAGGAUCUAUCUUGAUGGUCUAACUGCGGGCAACAUCCAUGAAGGGGGGCCACUGGGAAGAAAGGUUUCUCAAGUCUUGGCCCUGUUGGAAUGCUAUUCAAGAACACCAAUGGCACCUUCCGAGCGCAAUUAGGAAUUUACAUGAAGGUUCUAGAACAAUAUUUUUAUGUUUCUUUUCGCGUACCGAAGAGAGCAUCCUCCACAAAUAAUUUCCUCAGAUGGCCUCUGUCUGUUGACAUAGUCGUAGUGUAACAAAAUGAAGUCGUCUAAAUGGAUUUCCGCUCCCUAAGAGAAUGUUGGCGAAGGCAGCACAAGAUACUGAAGUUCAACUUUGGGCACUUGUUAAAUGGGUAAGACUUCCAUUAACUGUUUAUUUGUUCAAUCAUUUGGUCAUAGCUGUGUAAAGUUAUUUUUUAGUCUCACUUACUAUUUGUUCAGUCUAGUAUAGUAAUUUUUUGUCUGUAAUCCAGUAAGGUCUUUUUGAUAAAGACAAACUCAUGUUAACAAAUGAAAGUGACUAUAUAGUAGAAUCUACAAUAGAAAAAGGAAAAAAAAAAAAAAGGACUUCUUUAC